AUGCAGAGUCCCGCGUCCUCGACCCGUCUACAGGCACGUGCCAGCUCCGCGCCCGUCCUCGAAUUCGUCUGCUUAUUCACGCAUGACCUCCGAAGGAAGCAGAAACGUUGGCAGGAUGGCCGACUCAAAUACCACACGUUCAAUAAGCGCGUGAUGGUCUACGAUGAGCGAGGGAACUCUGUGGGCGACGCGCACUGGCGCGAAGAUUACGACUUUGGUGACGGCGAGGAGUUGGAGCUGGAGCGAGGCAGUGCCAUUGUCCAAGUCGCCGAGUGUACCGGCAGCCGGGACCAAGAUCUGUCUGAGCUCAUCGACAAGAGAGCCCAGGAGAAGGCCCAGCGCCAAUCCGCAGUGGCUGCGCGACGGCCUGCCGUCGAACCCCCGACACCUCAAUCCGCCGCACCUCACGCCCACCUCCGUCAUCGGCCCCUGCAUAACGUUAUUGGUACGCCGACCGGGCAUCAUGGUCGCGCACUUGUGCCGACCGAAUCUCCCUAUGAGGAACGUCAGAAGCAGGCAUCAUCACCUCGGGAUGAAGGGUCCCGCCCUACGAAACGAAGGAAAAGGGAUAUAUCGCCACCAAGCAAGAGUGGCUACGCACGGAGCUUGUUCGGCGCAACUUUGAGUCUGUCUGGAUUCUCCAUGAGUCAAAUGAGUCAAGCUCCGAUACGAUCUCAACCUUACAAAUCAACGCGAGAUCGUGAAGAGAACUCGCCCCCAGCCUCGUCUGACCCAAGCAAUCAAGGUGCUGUCCGAAAUCAAGCACCGAAGGUCAAAGCGGUAACCGGCACCAGUGCACGAACAACGCCCCUCAACGUUAUGUCAGGCAACAUGCCUCUGGGAAAUACCGUCCAACACCGGGCGAAGCCGCCAGUGGAGGUGAUCAAUCUCGACGAGCCCGAGGUGCAGUCUUCUCCGCCGCUGAACAGCGCCCAUUUUGCUUCUCAAAGCUUGCCUCCUAAUGUAAUCACUCGUCGCCCAGACUUGAUCAGUGGGAGAGUGGUGAUGCCUUCGAGUGAUCAACGCCCCCUGACAUCUCUAUCGGUCAACAAGCCAUUGCGCGAAUCUAAAGCUAUCGAUGUAGCUUCAAGCAAGAGUGGCUCCAAGCGCCAGAUGCUGGAUGAAGGGGUCUCCACAAAAGUAUCGAGGAGGAAGAGAGAUGAACAACCACAGCCAGAUAAGCACGAGGCGACGGACCAACGCCGAAACCGCUCGGAAAAGCCUAGGCGAUCGGAUACACAAAAUACGGCGGAUGCUACCGAAGAACCGAAAGACUUGCCGUCUAAGGAGCCACCAACGGAGGAGCCAAGGACGGAAUUGCGCAUCAAGCCAAGGAAGAAGCGCGGACUCUUGAUGCUCUCUGAGCAGGGAGCAUUCGGUGCCUCUUCAAGGGUAUCCAAGACAUCCAUGAGCAAGCUCGGUCAACGGAGUUCGUCUACAUCAUUUGAAGAGUCGAGGCCCGAUUCUUCAGUAGAGAGGAGGUCUAUGACGAAACCUUCUAUGACGGCUGUCGUCAGCAAUACUAAAGAAACCGAGCAAAUGAGGCUCGACAUAAGCCGGGCUGAUAGCGGUAGUGCAAAUCUUACAGACAGUUGGCCUCUUGAUAUUCCGGAAAUCGACAAAUUCCUAGGCGUGACGCACGCCAAUCACAAGGCUUCAAAAUGUGACGACCAAUCCAAGACCACUUUAGCAAGGGAAAAGACACGAGCUGAAGGUGAUGCAAUGGCAGAUGUUCGCCUCCAGAACGCUGGAAGCGCUGGAAGCGCUGGAAGACUGUUGGCCAACAAGUCCGAUGCUCUGUCUCGCCUAGACCGGGACCACCGUACUCCUGAGCCAUCAUCGGACGAUCCGUUCGAAGAGAUGGCACCGCGAAAACAGAUUGAAAGAACGGUACAGGAGCAAAUAGUCAACAAAGGCUGUGACAAACAAGGCAAUAUCCAGGGGAAAACACAGAAGUCUCCUAAGAGGAGAAAGCAGCCGUCGCGAAAGAAGCAGGCCCCAAAAGGGGGCGUGUCUACCACAGCACCAAACAAGAUUGGAGACAAACCAGGGUCAUCUGUCUCGGGAGAAUACGUCUUGCCAGAUGGAGUGCCUGCUCCUCGUCUAGCUCAAGUGGGUAGCAAAAGCGUACGGAGUAAAGAGGUCAUCGGAUUUGUCUUUGAUGAAGAUAUGGACCCUCCAAACUUUCAGCAACAAGCUGUUAGCAGCAGGCAACCCCCAAGCCUUCAGCAACAAGCUGGUAGUAGCAAGCAAGAACCAGCUGGUGUCACUCACACGGGCCGAAACACCUCGGGAAAGACAACUUCGCCGAUCUUGUCUGGUGCAGAUGACGCCAUGGCAACUGAUACAAUGGACGUGAGAAACGUUGCCCCCAAAAUCCUUGCCCCUCCGCCGCUGGCAGAGUCUGCAGAUGCAGCGAAGAAAUCCAACCAGAUUUGUGGUUCUCUCGAUACCCAGGGCGCGCCUGCAUCUGAGAGCAAGAUAACGCCAGCUCCUCCUGUAAGGAAGAGCAGCACAAUUACGGCCAAAGCACCAGCAGUCUCGAGGACUGCAGAGCCAUCAACGUCUGUGGCGAAACACCAGCAGCCGCAAGCGCCCCUGUCAAGAAAUGACAGCACAGGGUCGGAUAUACCGAACGCGUUGAAUGCACAAGUAGAUGUGCAGGCUGUAGAAGCGAGGCCGAAAGCAGUCAAACAGCAGCCACAGCCAGCUCCCAAAGUUGUCAAUCCCGCGAGUCGAGGCAAGAAGGCUGCCAAACCUUCCGACGCUGCUGGGCAAGUGCCUGUAUGUCCGCUUCCAUCGGAACCAGUAACCAACCCCGGGCUGGCUCAGAUGACGAGGAAAACGUCGAGGCAGGGAGAUCCGGGCAAGGGGGCAACGGCCCCAAUGCCUGGGUUCGCCAGAGCCAAUGGAGGGCCAUGGAGUAGGGAAGCCCACGACCUCUUCGAGUUUACGCGGCCAUGA